AUGGGGUAUCCUCGCGGCGAAUUGCUAUUGGCCCACGCUCAGAAGUAUCCCAGGCCGUCGACCAAGAGCAACAAGAGACACAUUUCCGUGAGGCCCGGUGUUCCAACAACCGCUUCGCUGUCGUUCCCAACAUUGACCCUCCACAUCCAACUCUGCGCAGAAUCCUCGACAAGAUACCCGUUUUCGCUCAGCUUUCGCACGAGAUGGUUUACAAUGGUCCGAGCAAAGGUUGCCAGAGAUGCAGAGCUCGGCGAAUCAAGAGACAAAACACGUCUCGUCGUGGAUCGGAUUCCCGAAAACCUGUCUCAAGACGUCCUAUCUCGAGCUGUGGAUUACUUCUUCCUCUGUUAUGGUCAUGAUUAUGACCCCCAAGCCACCUGUAGCUUCUUCGACCUGUUACCGGCAAUGUUCGCCAAAGCUAGUGUGGUCUCGCCUCUUUACAAGGCAACCGUGGCAUCUGCCGUUCAAGUUGCCGGCCUGCACAGCCCUCGCCAUGGAGGUGCGGCUAUGGCGCAUGUGGUAUACACCGACGCCGUGUCGAGCACCAGGAAUGCCCUUCGUUGCCCAGAAAGCAGCAAAUCCGACGAGAUGCUACUCACGACGCUGGUGCUCGAGGCCUAUGAAACUACCUUUCGGGUAUUCAGAAGUACGCAGUCGGCCCCAAGACUACCAACACACCUGCUGGGCUCGAUUGCUCUUUUGAAGCAUCGAGGUGUGCUCAAUUACCGGAACUCGCUAUCGUGGCGCUUGCUUAUUGCCACUCGUACCAGGCUACUUCGCCAUGCGUGGCAGAUCAGCAAUGGAAUCACCAACAUUCAAGCAGUCCGCCAAAUCUGGCAGUGCGCUGAAGGAGUCGUCCCGACCGGACCGGCAAUCGAUACAGACACUUUGGCCUUGGAGCUUGCCUGCCUCAGACACGCUUUCUGCAACAAGGAAACCGCCGUAGAAGCAAGUGACGCCCCCAAUCACUGCGCAAACGGGACAAUUCUUAGCAGUGGGCCCGAGAUUGAUGUUCUUCUAUCUCGUGCUAUCCGCCUUGCGGACCAGUGCUCUCAAUGGUACGCAUCGCUUCCACCAGCUUGGCGGCCAAUUGCCGCUGCGGCUCCCAGAGGCGCUGUAUCCAUCCAGUCCAACAACGGCGGCCAAUAUACGCCCCCCACCGUCUUCUCAAAUCUGUUUAUAGCCAACUCGUACAACCGACAUCGAGUCACGGAGCUCGGGGCCCUCUGCCUUGUUAUCAAGGGCCUCGUAGAAAGCGAUACUGCCAAUGAACUGCGAGAUGUACAUUUGCCAUCCUGGCUAAUAUCUCGAGUACAAUCACUCGUCGAUGAUAUCUGCGACACGGUUGAGUUUAUGACUUGUGAUGUCAAGGUGGAUGGCCUGCACAACGUUCAAACCCUAUUGACAUUCACGCUUUCCGAUUCGAGCUCUUCGAUGGGCUCGAACCACACCUCACCAAUUGAAGUCAAGCACGCACGGCAAGUGGCAUCGUCAGGAUUUUACAUGGCUUACAGCACGCUAUCAGCAGUGCUUGAGCUUUUGGGCGGUGGCCUUUCAUACAGGGGUAUGGCUCCCUCCAUGAUGUGCGAGGGGCAGAAGCAGUGGAUUGAGGAACGAAUCACCAAGCUCGGCAGCAUCUUCUCCCCGAAGAUUAGGCGCGCAAUGUGA